GGAGCCGUCAGCCGGAGGCUCGGGGUCCGGCGGGCGCGGCGCUCCCUCCUGUGCGAGCGAGCGAGGAGGCGGUGGCCGAGGGCGGGAGCCCAGCCCCGGCGGGAGCGCGGUGAGCCGCCCGGCAGCACUGCGGGGAGGAGGCCACCGGGCGCUUUGUUCCGUUCAGGGGCUGGAGGUGUGGCCGGCGGUGUGGCCCGUUCCAAGCUCGCUGGGCUACGCUACGCUGCACCGGGCUGCACCCGGGUAGCGGGCUCCGGCUGUGCGUGGCCUCUGUGCCUACCACCGGCUCUGGCGUAACGGUGUGCAGCAGAGAAGUCGCUCUCCACUCCGACCCAAGUGGGGAGGGCCUAGCCGCUGCUCAGACAGACUCCUAGUCAUCCUGGGGUUCCUCGGCUGCCCGGGUCUGACUACCGGAAACAUGGCAACCAGCGCUGUUCCCAGUGAAAACCUUCCCACAUAUAAACUAGUAGUGGUGGGAGAUGGCGGUGUGGGCAAGAGUGCGCUCACUAUUCAGUUCUUCCAGAAGAUCUUUGUGCCUGACUACGACCCCACCAUUGAAGACUCCUACCUGAAGCAUACAGAGAUUGACAAUCAGUGGGCCAUCUUGGAUGUUCUGGACACAGCUGGGCAGGAAGAGUUCAGCGCCAUGCGGGAACAGUACAUGCGCACGGGGGACGGCUUCCUCAUCGUCUAUUCCGUCACUGACAAGGCCAGCUUCGAGCACGUGGACCGCUUCCACCAGCUCAUUCUGCGUGUCAAGGACAGGGAGUCAUUCCCAAUGGUCCUCGUGGCCAACAAGGUGGAUUUGAUGCACCUAAGGAAAAUCACCAGGGACCAGGGAAAAGAGAUGGCGACCAAAUACAAUAUGCCAUAUGUAGAAACCAGUGCCAAGGACCCGCCGCUCAACGUGGACAAAACCUUCCAUGACCUAGUUAGAGUAAUUAGGCAACAGGUUCCAGACAAAAACCAGAAGAAGAAAAAGAAGACAAAAUGGCGAGGGGACAGGGCCACUGGCACUCACAAGCUGCAGUGUGUCAUCUUGUGACAGCCUGAAGCCCUGGGCAUAGCAACCGUGAACUGCCACCCCCUGGGACCAGCCCACUGCCUAACUGCACUGAGAACCAUUUCUAACCACAGCCCUUGGCUCUGGACUGGGCACAGGAAGGGAAAGGGAGGAGGGGCAGGAGCAGGCAGGGGCUGGCUUUGCUGCCUCUCCCAGGAGACAGGGCUACCGCUUCCAAACCCUUCGUGUGUUGAUUGAGCCCAAUUCCCAGUCUCUUGGUGGGCUUGUUCCUUUUAACCCCAUGGGGCUGGUUUGCUGUGGAAGCGCUUACCUUACCCACGUACUACGCACCAGAAAAGCCAUGAGCAAGCUUCCUCCCUGACCCCAUCCCCAGUGUCUGAGCUCUUGUGUCUUUUUUGUAGAUUUUUAAAUUAUUUGAGUAAUGAUUAUUCUAUUAAAGAGGUCUGUGCCCAUUGCCUGGCAAAGCCCCAAGUCUUUGGCAGACCUCUGAUAAAUGUCUGGAACAGGGCUGUUGUCUUCUUAACUGAGUGUGUUCCUAGCAGUGCCAAACUCCAUCUAGGAUGAAAGGCGGAAGUAAGUGGAGUCUUUUCAGAAGCCUGGGGUCAAAUCAAGAAGCAAACAGACCCCAGAGACUGGAGAGAGGGGGUGGAUCUACCGGGAGGGCUCUGGUGUGGUUGAAACCGGGCAGAGAUUAGAAAGUAAUACCCCCUCACCACUACAUCCCCACCCUCAACCCCACUGAAGGGAGAGCUAGCUGGGACCCGAUCGCCCCUGGAGGGCAUUUCCUUUCCCUGAGAGAGUGGUGAGGCCAGUGACUGUCUUUGCAAAAGUACUCACUUGCUUUCCAUGCAGUGGUGGGUAAAUUCUGUGUUCAGCUGUAGACAGGGCCCUGGGCUUCUCAAAAGUGUCCCUGUUUGCUCUCAGACUAUGUAGUGCUGUGCCUCUGAUACAACAUAGGGACAGUUCAUGGAAGUAAAUGUGACACCAUCCAGAAGCCCCAGGACUGAAGCCAUUUCCACCUGAGUCAGCUGACCAUUACCUGGAUAAGUCCAGCCAAUGAGCAAACCCCUUCUAGCAUGAGCAGCAGGGUUGCCUUGGGGUAUACGCUCUCUUUGCUCUCUUGGGUCAAAGGGGAAGAAAGCUGAGCUGAUGCCUUGGUCCACACACUGAUUUCAGCAGGGUCACCUCCCGUCACUAUGAUGCACCCCUCCCUCUCUGGUGCUGCUUGUGGGGUAGAGACCUGCAUGGAGGGACAGCAAGAGCACAGUACACCCUGUGAGAUGGUCAGAAGCGGAGGUGGCACAGGCGCUGGCCCAUCUGCCUGUUCACCUUGCAAAACAGAGGCCCCUACCAGGUGCUGGGCCAGUGUGGAGAAAGAACCUCGUGGAAGGAAACCCAAGGAAACUGGGCCCCAAGUGAAGUCCAGCCUCACAAUUCUUUUCCAAUCCAGAAAGUCCUAAAUUGUUCACACACAGGGUCAUCAGGACAGAAGGCCCAUCCUGCUACAGCAGGAGGUGACCUGCGCUUUUGCUAGGAUCAAACUUCCUACUUACCAAACUGCCACCCCGCCCCGAUGAUUUUUUUUUUCUGUUCCUGAAAAGGAUACCAGAGGACAUGUCAGAUGAGGUAGCCCACCAUUUCUCAGAUCCUGCAAUCCUUAUGAAUAUUUUCAACACUAAAAGGACCAGGCUUCCUCCAGCCUUGGGCUCCCUAAGUCACACCCAUCACAGCGGCAGCCUGGAGAGAGGACAGAUGGAAGAAAGGUCAGGAUGCUCUACAUUCAGGGCAGCAGCCACUGCCAGGGAAGCCAUGUCCUGCCACCUGCCACCUGCCACCUGCCGCCGGCACACCCUUGCUUCCGUGGACCAGCGCCUCUGCUGUGCCGAGUGGAGACUCUUCCCCAGAAGCAGAACAGCUGCCUAAACCAAAGCCCCGAGUCACACAGCUAACCAGAGGGAGGCUCCCAGCACCCCUGCCCCUCUCAGAAGAAGCAGUGCGUUCAUCAUCCAUCCUAAACUGACUCCAUCCACGGGCGGAGAAACCGGUUGACAUCCAGCCAUCUCUGGUUCAGGGCUUUCAUUUUCCACAACCCCAUUUCCCCCACGUGUGGCAUGGGUAGAUGACAACCCAGAAUUAGAAAUGAGGCAUCUGACAGAGUUUCCAGGGAGGCCGAGUAAAGUAUGCUCAGUGUAUCUCCAUCACCAGCUGACGGGGGACGUCAGGAGACCUAGUUGGCCAUGACACCACAUGACCGAGGACCCUUUGGGCCUGUACUGAGCUGUCCUUCUGAGGCUCCCUCUAGUUUUUCAGAAACUUGUGUUCCCAUCACAUCUGGUGUACCCCUGCAAUCCCCUCACCUCUGCCUCUGUGGUGUGCUGAUUUUCUUCCAUUACUCUACCACCUCUUGACAGGUUCAUUUUCU